AUGAUAUAUCAAAACCCGGCUGAAUUACGACAUGAUAUCCGUUCGGGUCAGUUUACUUCUACGACAAGUAGUCAAUGUCCAGGUUAUAUACAAGCGAACAUGGUUAUUUUACCGAAAACAGUCGCCAAUCAGUUUCAUCAGUUUUGUCAGUUGAAUCCAAGAGCAUGUCCUCUUUUAGAAGUGUUACCAUCGGGUUCGUAUACACCUACUAAAUUAGCUAAAGCUGAUGCAGAUGUUCGAACGGAUUUGCCAAAAUAUCGCGUUUAUCAAAAUGGACAAUUAAUUAAAGAAGUAACUGAUAUAAAAGAAUAUUGGAACGAUGAUAUGGUCACUUUUCUAAUGGGUUGUUCAUUUUCAUUUGAAGAUGCAUUACAACAACAUGGAAUUCGAAUUAAAAAUAUUGAUCAAAAUAAAAAUGUAGCUAUGUAUAAGUGUUCAAAAAUUAUAUGCAAUGGACCUUUUGAAAAUGUUUCAUUAAUCGUAUCAAUGAGACCAAUUCGAAAUGAUCAAGUUGCUUUAGCUGAACAAAUAACAGGUGAAAAAAGGUUUGAAAAAACACAUGGGAAACCAUUGUAUUGUGGUCAUAAUUAUGUGGAAAAGUUGGGUGUCAAUCAAGAUUUGAAUCAAGUUGAUUUUGGUGAUUCGGUAGAUAUUGAUCGACAAACAGAAACACCAUGUUUUUGGUAUUGUGGUGUAACAGGAAUUAUGGCUGCACUUGAAGCUAGUAAAAUAGAACAAGGAAUAUGUAUAACACAUUCUCCAGGACAUAUGUUUGUUAGUGAUGUUAGAGAUGAUGAAGAAAUUUUAUAA